UGGCGCAGAUGCUACGAUAGAUGAAAAUUCUAAAAAUGAUUGGAAUUCGAUUGUGGCUUCCGGAUGUAUGUAUUUCAAUUUUGCGUUGUUAAUGAUUUAGAAUAAUUAUAAUAAUCGUCCUACAUGAUAAACAACGUGCAAAACUGUAUAUCAAAACUGAUGCCUAUCUGAUACUGUGACUUCCAGCUUCUAGACGAUGGCAGGGAAUCUGGUGCGGGCGGCAGCAGCAGCAGUAGGGGGCCGCAGUCUGGGCCGGCUGGUGCCACAGAACACUGCACUGUUCCUGUGUGACAUGCAGGAGAAGUUCCGGCCCAACAUCAAACACUUUGCUGAGGUGGUGCAGAUUUCCAACCGCCUGCUACAGGCUGCCUCGGUCCUGGACAUCCCGAGCAUCGUCACCGAGCAGUACCCCAAAGGUCUGGGUCACACUGUCCCGGAAUUGGAGGUGGAAAAGUACGGACUGACUCCCAUCGCUAAGACUCAGUUUUCCAUGUGUGUUCCUGAGGUGGACGAGAUGCUCAAGGCAAAUAAAAACAUCUCCUCCGUGAUCCUGUGUGGGAUCGAGACGCACGCGUGCAUCCUGCAGACCACCAUGGACCUGCUGGAGCGCGACUACGAGGUGCACGUGGUGGCGGACGCGUGCGCCUCCCGCAGCCACCUGGACCGGGUGUACGCGCUGGAGCGCGUGAGGCGACUGGGCGGCUUCGUCACCACCAGCGAGUGUGCCAUCCUCAGCCUGGCGCCCAACUCGGCGCACCCCAAGUUCCGCCAGCUACAGAAGAUCAUCUGGACGCCGGCGCCCGACUCCGGCCUGCUGCCGACCCCGCCCUGAAAGGUGACCCCGCACCGCGACCCCGUACUGAGGCCCCCGACUUUUUGCCGAGUGACAAGGUUUCGUAGUUUAUUUUUGUAUCAGGACCAUGUGGCGUUUGUUAGUCCACCAGUGACUGGUGCCGUCUGGGGUGGUAGGUGGGAGGCGGGGGGGGGGGGGACAGUGCCACUCAGCCCGUCCCUUUCCACUGCGUUCGCGCCCACCUUGAGUGUAUUGACGCAUAGAUAUAGGACAAUGGCCGGGGCGUCCGCUGGCGUGCCGGCGCCUCGUCACCGACGGGAAAUGGGAUCGCUACGGCGGCAGCCGACGUCUAUAUAUCCGCCCGUUUGCCGGUCGGCGGUCACGAUCAGACCCUGUCGCACUGACGGGGCCAGACUAAACCAUAGGCCUCUGUGUAUCGGUAUUCUCUACCAGAGGUCAAUGGUAUAGCUGACCUGACCCGGUACAGGAAUUAGUCCAUAUUUUGACGGAUUGCUGCCAUUUAAGAGUUGUAUCCGCUUACCGUUCUAAAAGCGGAUCCCUUCACAGCGAUCCGCUCGGCUAUUAGCGUAACCGACAGCGCUGUGAAAAUGCGACCGUCAUGACGCGAGGCCCUGGACGGCCACACGUAGCUCUGGGGAGCAGGGACGGUGGGCGGGUCCGGUCUACAUAGUGUUUGGGGCAUCCCGGAUAAACGGCGACGUAGCUGGCAGCAGCUGGGUGUGCUAGCGAUACGGGGCCCCACUGCCACAUUGCUCAGUGUUUAGUGAUUACUCGGAAUGAUCGGCGCGAGUUUGACCUAGAGGUAGCCACACUGGCCAGCCGAGCUUGGCGUGAGACGCAAACUAACUGAUAGAUUGUAUAUAAUCGUGCAAUAUAGGGGAGGUGGGCUGAUAUUGUGCCAAUAUGAGGGACAGGGUGUGUGGUAUGGGAAAGGGAAAUGCACAGUUGCAAGUCGCAACAGAAUAAACAUUAUAUUUCAAAGCAAA